UCUGCGGCGGGAGCUCUGUGCGGCGCGAUCCGAGUUACCAGGGCUGCAGGUCUGAGGCUCACCAGCCCCACUGCGGAGGUGGCUCAACCCUUGCAGCCUGACUUCCUGUGGUGUACACUGCCGCGCUGGAGCAGUUCGCCCUGACGUUCAAACGUGCGCAUGUGAACCCGGGCGGGGAGCAUGCAGGGCUCUGGUCUCUGCGACUCCUUUGUCUUCCUCCCACCGGACCCGCCUCUCACUCGAGGCCCUCUUGGAGAGGAGUCUGGGAGAAUGGGGUUGGGCGAGGAUUAUGACUAGAGCUGUUGUGAGCAGACGUCUUUGAGAACAGUAAAUGGUUUGAAUGUGUACAUUUGAGAUCUCCCGAUGACAGGGCACAGCCCUGUGUUUGCCAUGCAGCACAUCGUGGGUGUGUCCCCUGUAUUGGUGCGGAGAAGCCUCCUUGGAAAGGACCUCUUUAUGACCAGGACUCUCUGCAGCCCAGGCCCCAGCCAGCCCAGAGAGAAAAGACCUGAGGAGGUGGCCCUUGGGCUGUACCACCGCCUCAUAGUGCUGGGAAGAGCCCUGGGACAUGGCAUUCGGCAACGAGCAUCCUCCACAGCCAAGACUUGGUGGGACAGAUAUGAACAGUUUGUUGGACUCAGUGAAGUUCGAGAGGCCCAGGGAAACGUGACUGAGGCAGAGAAAGUGUUCAUGGUGGCUCGAGGGCUUGUUCGAGAGGCUCGGGAAGACUUGGAAGUUCAGCAGGCCAAGCUGAAGGAGGUGAGGGACCGCUUGGACCGCAUCUCCAGAGAGGAUAACCAGUACCUGGAACUGGCUACUCUGGAGCACAGGAUGCUGCAGGAGGAGAAGAGGCUUCGCACGGACUAUCUGCGUGCCGAGGACUCUGAGCGAGAGAAGUUCUCCCUCUUCUCUGCGGCUGUGCGGGAAAGUCAUGAGAAGGAACGCACUCGGGCCGAGAGGACCAAGAACUGGUCCCUCAUCGGGUCAGUCCUGGGGGCCCUGAUUGGUGUGGCUGGCUCCACCUAUGUGAACCGUGUGCGGCUACAGGAGCUGAAGGCCUUGCUCCUGGAGGCACAGAAGGGGCCUGUGAGCCUCCAGGAGGCCAUCCGAGAACAGGCAUCCAGCUACUCCCUCCAGCAGAGAGACCUCCAUGACCUCAUGGCGGACUUAAGGGGCCUGGUGCAAGCUGGGCCAGGGCAGAGCUCUGGAUCCCAGGCAGGUACUCCCCCAACACAAGACAGAGACACAGAUGUUCUUUCAGCUGCCUUGAAAGAGCAGCUCAGCCAUUCCAGGCAGGUCCAUUCAUGUCUAGAGGGUUUACAAGAGCAGCUUGAUUCCCUGGAAAAGACUUUCAGCCGGACAGCUAGGGUGGUUCAGCUUGCAAAGGCUGCAGCACACCCAGGCCUGAUGGAGCCAGCAGACGAGGCUCUGCAUGGCUCCUUGCUGGAGCAGGAGAGCAUGAUUUUGGUGCUGUCGGACAUGGAGCAGAGGCUAGAAGCCCAGGUCAACAGGAACACUAUCUAUAGCACGCUGGUUACCUGCGUGACAUUUGUGGCCACCCUACCUGUGCUCUACGUGCUGUUCAGGGCCAGCUAGUCCCUGGACCCUCCUCCAGAUGGUCUGAGAGGAUAGGUGUGGAUGUGGAUUUAGUUAGAGAAUUCUAGAAAUGAAGUGAGCCUUUGUGGGUGCACACAACCUCAGCCAGAGUCUGAACACCGUCUCUGUGGCUCACCAGCAGACAUACUUUGCUUUUUAGGCAAUGCUCAUUUACAUUAAUUAUCAAACCUUUGUGCUAAUGUCCAAUUAAAAUGUUGUUGAGUUUGUAUUAUUUAAAGUAA